UCUGCAUUUCUCUUUCUGUUUUCAGGUGAUGUCGUCAUUAAAUCCCUAAAUCUGAGUGAGAUGACGUCUUCAGCCCCAGGAAACUUUGAUCCUGGAGUUUAAAAUGAAGUUCAUAAGAAAUCUUCGGUUCACGGUUUUAUUGCUGAUUUUUAUGAUGAAUAUAUUCGUAAGUCGAACCCUCACCUGCCAUCGGACAGAAUAUCUGUUUGGAAACGAGUGCUGUCCCAUGUGUCCCAUCGGGACUCGAGUAAAAACAGACUGUGAGGAGGACAAAAGUACAUCCUGUCAGCCGUGCGCAGAGGGGACUUUCAUGAAUAAAAUGAACGGACUAAAAAAAUGUUUGUCCUGCAGAGAAUGUGGAGCAGGUUCUGGUCUGAAGAUGAAGACGUCGUGUACGAUACGAUCAGACACAGUUUGUGAACCUCUGGAAGGAUUUUACUGCUCAGAGUUUACAGGGUACGACUGUUUUGAAGCAAAGAAACACAGACGCUGUGAACCAGGAGAAUACAUCAGUCAGAAAGGAACUUCCUCCACAGACACCAUAUGCUCCACCUGCUCUGAUGGAACAUUUUCAGAUGGGACGUUUCCAUCUUGUCAGAAUCACAAACAAUGUGAAUCAGAGGGUCUGCUGCUGCUGAGAGCAGGAACUGAGACAGAGGACGCUCAGUGUGGAGAUAUACCAUCAGACUGGACUGGACUGAUAGUCGGUGUUGUUGUGGUUCUUUUAGUUCUCGUGCUUGUAUUAACAGCAUGGUGUUACAGAGAGAAGAUAAAACGUUUUCUAAACAGAAAAAAAAGUUCAGCAGGAACUCCCGACAAGAAACGAUCGAAUCCAGAAGACGACUUGAUGUUAAGAGGAAAAAAAGAUGAGGGUGUUUCAGAACAGCCCUAGACAUGCAGACAUUUCUCUGAGCCCUGCAGACUAAAUGUUCUCCAGCAUCCAGGAUCUUGGAUGGCCAUCUCUGCUGAGGCAGGAAGGCUAGGAAGCGGGGCCGGAGAGGCGGCAUCAGGCAGUGUGUCCGAGGAGCCAUCAAGCUGCCGCCCCUGCUCCUGUGUAACAACCGCUCGCUUAAAAACAAACUGGACGACCUGCGGGCACAGGUCGGAGCAUCCUACGAAUACCGUGAGUCUGGACUGAUGGCAUUUACAGAGACUUGGUUUAGGGAUGAUGUACCGGAUAGUUUUAUACAAAUUAAUGGGUUUACUCACAUACGUUUAGACAGAGGUGAAAACUCCGGCAAAACAAGAGGAGGAGGAGUUUGUGUUUAUGUCAAGGACAGCUGGUGCCGUAAUGUUGCCAUAAGAAACAGAAUAUGAAACCCGGACCUCGAGCUGCUGUGUGUUACCCUGCGACCACACUACCUGCCAAGGGAAUUCACCAACAUAUUUGUGUUGUGUAAAGUGGAAACGCCAAUAGAGCAGCUAGCCAAAUCUCAGACUGUGUCCACCUACAUCUACAGAACAAACCUGAUGCCCCCAUGCUCAUUCCUGGUGAUUUUAACCACUGCAGCUUGAACAAAUCUCUGCCUGGCUUCUAUCAAUAUGUUAAGUGCAGCACUAGAAACAACAACAUCCUUGAUAAGUGCUAUGGCAACAUUAAAGAUGCCUACACAGCCAGAGCCAGACGCCCCCUCAGCAACUCUGACCAUAACGUGAUCCAACUGCUCCCCACCUAUCGAUCAGUUUUCAAGCCCAGUCAACCAGAACUACACACUGUAAAGGUGGGGUCCAAUGACAAAACAGAGGAGCUAAAAGGAUGCUUCCUUAGCACUAACUGGGACAUUUUCUUUGAGGAUGCUGACCUUAACACUGCCACAGAAUCAAUCACAGAUUACAUCUCUUUUUGUGUUGAUUCAGUCAUACCCCAGAAAACUGAGAGAUUCCCAAACAGUAAACCUUACAUUAGAAGGGGAAUAAAGGAAUGCAUCAACAGGAAGAAGUCCGCCUUCAAAUCAGGAGACACUGCAGGAGUCAGAGCUGCACAAAAAGACCUGAACCAGCAGAUGAGAGCGGCACGGCUGCAGCACAGGGAACGAGCAGAACAGGAACUGUCCCAAUCCAACUCAAAGAAACUGUGGGACUCCAUCAGUGGAAUGACCAACAUGGACAAAAAAAGGAAGCCCCUAUCUGCACACAACGAAACUGCACGUGCAAAUGAAUUUAACAACUUUUAUCUGCGCUAUGAAACUGACACUCACAAGGAAUGUUGUGUAGUUUUAGAGAAUUUAAUCUGAAUUAACCCACACUCUGUUACUAAGGUUUUUAAAGCCAUGCACACCAACAAAGCAACAGGGCCGGACAACCUGUCCGCCUUUCUUUUAAAGACAUUUGCAGAGGAACUUACACCAGCCUGGCAUCAACUCUUUCAGCUCUCCAUGGAUACACACUCAGUACCAGAUCUAUGGAAAAAAUCAAUAAUAAUCCCAGUUCCCAAAAAAGCAUGCCCCAAGGAGGACAAUGAUUACCGGCCUGUGGCUCUCACCUAAAAUGUUAUGAAAUCACUGGAAAGACUCAUAACAGAGGAGCUACACUCGGAGGUGGAGCCAUCCCUGGACCCCUACCAAUUCGCUUACACAAAAAUCCGUAGCACAAGUGACGCCAUCUCAACAAUAAUGCAUCUUGUUCUGAAGCACCUCGAAAGUCCUGCUGCAUAUGCCAGACUGCUUUUUAUUGAUUUUAGCUCAGCUUUUAACUCAAUCCAGCCACACAUUCUUCUUAAAAAACUAGUUGAGCUAGAUGUGAACCCUUUUUUAAUCAAGUGGUACGACUCCUUUUUUUUAAACAGGCCACAACAAGUGAAAUUUUAUUCUGUCUUCUCUGAAACAGCAGUAAGCAGCACGGGGGCCCCACAGGGAUGUGUCAGUUCACCCUUCUUGUUUACUCUGUAUACUAAUAACUGUGUUAGCACCCAGCCAAACAAAUAUGUCGUGAAAUUCUCAGAUGAUACUGUCAUCCUCAGUCUACUCACAAAUAAUUCGAACCCAAGUAGCCACAGAGCUGCUAUGGACAGUUUUGUGGACAGUUUUGUGGACUGGUGUGAUGCUCAUCAACUGCACGUAAACAUUCGUAAAACUGUUGAGAUGUUGCUGGACCCCAGAUCAGUCGGAAACCGGAGCCCUGUGGCCAUUCAUGGUCACAGCAUUGAACAAGUCACCUCAUAGAAAGACCUGGGGGUGCAUAUUGACAAUGAUUUUAGCUGGAUUUUAGCUGGCGGUGCCACACAGGUGGCAAGCGUGUGUGCCAAAAUCCAUCAGCGCCUCCAUUUUCUCAGGAGACUAAGAGUGUUUGGUUUAAAAUCUAAAGCUCAGAUCCUCAGCCUGGUUAAGACAGCAGGCAAGAUCAUGGGAAUGUGUGCCCCUCUUACCCCACAGGAUCUUUUUGAGCAGGCCACAAUCACACAGGCCAAGGGCAUUUUAUUGGACACUUCCCAUGUAUUGCACUCUGAAUAUGUUUUGUUGAACUCAGGGAGAAGGUACAGGGUUCCUCUGUGCAAACACAACCGCUUCAAAAACUCAUUAGUCCCUUUUUCAGUUAAGCUCAUUAAUGAGCUUUUUCUGUUUCGGGCGUCUGAUUGGAUCUCCUGGACGUCUCCCUUUGGAGGUUUUUUUUCAGGCAUGCCCGAUCGGGAGAACCCCCUGGGGUAGACCCAGAGUUCACUGGAGGGAUAUCUUUUCAGUCCUGGGAAUGCCUCAGAAUCCUCCAGGAGGAGCUGGAAAAUGUUGAAGGGGAGGAAGUCUGGGUUGACGUACUUCUCCUGUUGCCACAGCGACCCGACCUCGAUAAGGAAGAAAAUGUAGAUAGAUGGAUGGAUGGGUGAUUUUUUUAUAUAAAUGCGGUGAUAUAAAAACAAAACAUUUUAAAAAAUAUUUAAUGGAGAAACCACCAUUAGGAUCAUUUAGAUAUGGUGUCAUCAUGAAGGUUGUCCAGUAGAGGGCGCUCCUGAUCCACAGUGAACAAUACUCUCUACUUAUUUUUUUUAUAUUUUCUCCCUCUAUAACCCUUAUUAAUCUGUGUUGCUCAAUUGAAUUUAAGUCUUACCUUUUUUUUUUGGUCAUCUCUAAAGAGUUUUAUGUUUUUAUGUAGGACACAAAGGAGAGAAAGGUUUGAAGAAAAGAUGAAAGAUGAGAUUGAUGAUGAGACAGAGUUCAGUAUUCAGAGUUCUUCCUCCAGGUGAUAUAUUCAGUAUGAAACACAGAGCUUUACUUCAGAAACAGAACUGAGCCUUUGACCUUUGACCUCAGAGUUCUUACUGUCUUUAAACUUACAAAUAUUUGAACUGUUAGCUCAGUGUUGAAGUUAAAAUAACACACUCAAACAGUUCUAUUUUUGACCACCAGAGGUCAGCAGAGCACAGAUAUUCAAUAGUUUGAUGUUAUUGUUCAAGAAUCAGACACUUUGAUUGAGUCAAAUCUUUUUAUAGAUAGAUAGAUAAACUUUAUUGUCUGUCCCAACAGUAACAAAAUACAUUUUUAAUGUUUUUUGUGCCAGAGGGACACUGUAGCGUCUGCCUACGCUCUUCAAAAGAGGAACAAGAACAUAAAAAGUCAAAAUUGUUUCUGAAGGUAUUUAUAAUUAUAUAAUUAAGUCUCACUUCUUCUCUGGUAUCUCUAGCUGAACUGCAGACAUUUUUCAAUGAAUGAAUGAAACCUUUAUUGCCCCUAGAGGAAUCUGCCUUGCACAGAGUGCAUAAAACACACUAUACAAACAAACAUUUACAGGACAACAAGAACACAGUAAAGCAUUGCAUGAUUAACUGAGUGAUUUCAGUAGCAAGUGAAAUAAAGUGCAGAGUGCCGAGUUCAUCCUGUAUAAUCAAAGCUUAUUAAGCAGCUGAAUACUGUGUGGUACUAAAGAUGUAAUGCCUCUUUUAGUCCUCAUCUGGGGCAUUCUGUACCUGCACCCUGAAGUCAAGAGUUCAUACUACGAGCAAAGGGGGUGCAGAGGGUCAGCUGUAAUCUUGAUUCGUUGCUUUUGAGGAUUUUUCUUUUAUUUAUUUGUUUAUUUUGACAGGAACAGUGUACAGCCAAUUAGCAUAUUCUUUACACUUACACAUUUAAUUUGUCUGCAAUCGCUUGCCAAGCUGCUCGUCUGGCCUUUGCUGAUGCCGAGGUGUUUGAUUUGGCUGUUAAAUGAAGUUUUCAUAUUCGUCAAUGAUGGUUUGCGGUUCAAGUUGUGUAAAAAAUGUUGUGCUUUCCUUUAAAUUCUCCAUUGAUAAUCACAGAGAGAAUCAGGAUUUGUGAUCCAAGUUGCUCCCUUUUCAUGUAGGACGGGCACGCGCAAGUAUCCUGAUCACUGUGGUUCCAAUUAACGAUACUGAAAUUUGUUUUGUAUUCUUUUAAGGGCAAAAUGUUCAUUUGUAAAUAGUAAUUAUCUGUAUAUACUAACAUGAAAUCUGUUUGGUGUUGUUGAAGUCAUUGAAUAUUGGUUUGUUGAAAUACAUUCACUUUGACCAAUUUAA